AUGGCGCGGAACUCGAACCUGCCUCUGCUUCUUGUGCCGUUUCUGUUUAGUCCGGCCCUGGUACGCAGCUCCAGCCCUCUGCCCCUGGUCCUCAACACUUGGCCUUUUAAGAAUGCAACCGAAGCAGGUGCGGGCGGCGGCUGGGUGCGGGUGGCUGCGCUCACUACUAUGGAUGUAGGAGCAGUAGGAGCUCUUAGACGAAUUAAAAACGCUAUUGGUGUGGCUCGAAAAGUGCUGGAGUAUACAACACACACACUUUUAGCGGGAGAGUUAGCCACUAAGUUUGCUGAAAGUAUGGGAUUUGCCAGUGAAGAUUUAUCUACCAAUACUUCUCGAGCUCUUCAUUCAGAUUGGCGUGCUCAGAAUUGCCAGCCAAAUUAUUGGAGGAAUGUUAUACCAGAUGCUUCAAAAUACUGUGGACCCUACAAACCCAAGCCACAUAGUAUCUUAAAACAAGAUGAUCCUACCUAUAAAGAAACAGGAGAUAAUUACGGUCAUGAUACUAUUGGCAUGAUUGUAAUCCAUAAGACAGGACAUACUGCUGCUGGUACAUCUACAAAUGGUAUAAAAUUCAAAAUACCUGGCCGAAUAGGAGACUCACCAAUACCUGGAUCUGGAGCCUAUGCUGAUGAUACUGCAGGAGCAGCUGCAGCCACUGGAGAUGGUGAUAUAUUGAUGCGCUUCCUACCGAGCUACCAAGCUGUAGAAUAUAUGAGAAGAGGAGUAGAUCCAACCAUAGCUUGCCAAAAAGUGAUUUCAAGAAUUCAGAAGUAUUUUCCAAAUUUCUUUGGGGCUGUUAUAUGUGCCAACAUGACUGGAAGUUAUGGUGCUGCUUGCAAUAAACUUCCAACAUUUACUCAGUUUAGUUUCAUGGUUUAUAAUUCUCUAAAAAAUCAACCAACUGAGGAAAAAGUAGACUGCAUCUAA